AGUAAGCCCCUCCCAUAUCAAUGGCGACCUCGGGUUAAUACCAUGCUUGUUUGUUGACAUCUUCUGUAAUACCAAAGUUCGGUGGAUAAUAAUCCUUUUAUUUAAGCAAGGAUGUCGCGACUCAUCGUUAAGAACCUUCCUAACGGGAUGAAGGAGGAGAGGUUCCGGGAACUGUUUGCUGCCAUCGGAACGCUAACAGACUGCACGUUAAAGUUUACGAAGGAUGGCAAGUUUCGUAAGUUCGGUUUUGUUGGAUAUAAAACGGAAGAAGAUGCUGUCAAAGCGCAGCAACAUUUCAACAGGAGCUUCUUGGACACAUCGAGAGUUACAGUGGAGAUGUGUAAGGCGUUUGGCGACCCCUCAAAAACCAAAGCCUGGAGCAAGCACAGCCAGACCGCAGCCCCGCCGGCACCCGCUGCCGUGGUAGACACAGACAGCUUGAAGAAAAAGAAGCCGUCCAUCAAGAAACUCGAUGAAUUGGAGGAGGAGCCAGCCUUCAGGGAGUUCGUCUUGGUUCACACAAAACGAAACCAAGUGCCCACCUGGGCCAACGACUCGACCCCCCUGGAGAGCAGCCGGCCCCCCGCCAAGGCCGAGCCCCGGGUCGCCAGGAAACCCGCCGCCAACGAUGACUACCUUAACUUCGACUCGGACCAGUCAGAGGACGAAGAGCAGGAGGAGGAAGAGGAGGAGCAGGGAACUGGCGCAGAGCCAGCUGAGACCAAGGAGGCUCUGAAGAGCGGCCUGUCAGACAUGGAGUACCUGAGGUCCAAGGUGGCCCCGACGGAGGAGACCAUGGAGGAGGAGGAGGAGGAGGAGGAAGAGGAGGGUGGGGAGGAGGAAGAGCGGACCCCUGGGGCUCAGGUGGACAGCGCUUAUGAGAGUGGGGACAGAGACGGCCUCCCCCAGCCCGCUGCGACCCCCGGGGGGGAGAAGAAGCGAGGCAAAAAAGCCAAGCAGGAGACGGAGCCCGCCACGGACUUCACGGUGAAGCUGAGAGGAGCUCCGUUCACCGUCAAAGAGCAACAAAUCCGAGAGUUCAUGACCCCUCUGAAGCCGGCCGCCAUCCGCAUCGGACGCAACGAGAGCGGCAGCCGAACCGGGUACAUUUAUGUUGAUCUGCAGUCGGAUGCAGAGGUGGACAAGGCCCUCCAGAAGACCAACGACUACAUGGGCGGACGCUACAUCGAAGUGUUUCGCGUGGACGGCUCCAAGGACAGCGCCUGGAAGAAGAAGAGGGAGAAAGAGGCCGAGCAGAACUUCGCCAGGGCGCUGAAGGAGGACGAGGAGGAGGAAGACGUGGCCGAGUCGGGCCGCAUCUUCAUCAGGAACCUGCCCUACACCUGCAGCGAGGAGGACAUCAAGAACCUCUUCACCCGGCACGGGCCGCUCUCCGAGGUUCUGUUCCCCAUCGACAACCUCACCAAGCAGUCCAAGGGGUUCGCCUUCGUCACCUACAUGAUCCCCGAGAACGCCGUGUCGGCCAUGGCCCAGCUGGAUGGCCACGUGUUCCAGGGGCGCAUGCUGCACCUGCUGCCCUCCACCCUAAAGAAGGAGAAGGAGGACGCGGCCGAGGCGGUCGGAGGCUCCUCCUUCAAACGGCAGCGAGACGCCAAGAGCAAAGCGGCCAGCAACAGCUCUCACAACUGGAACAGCCUGUUCGUGGGGACCAAUGCCGUUGCAGACGCCAUCGCCGAGAAGUACAACACCACCAAGAGCCAAGUGCUGGACCACGAGUCCCGGGGCAGUGUGGCGGUCCGUAUGGCCCUGGGGGAGACGCAGAUCGUCCAGGAGACACGACAGUUCCUCCUGGACAACCGGGUGUCCCUGGACUCCUUCAGCCAGGCGUCGGCGGCCCGUAGCACCACGGUGGUGCUGGUGAAGAACCUCCCGGCGGGGGUCACCCAGGAGGAGCUGGAGGCGGUGUUCGCGCCCCACGGCUCCCUGGGCCGCCUGCUGCUGCCCCCCUCGGGGCUCACCGCCAUCGUGGAGUACCUGGAGCCCACCGAGGCCAAGAGGGCCUUCAUGAAGCUGGCCUACAGCAAGUUCCACCACAUCCCGCUGUACCUGGAGUGGGCCCCAGGGGGGGUGUUCAGCGCUGCCCCGCCCACAGCCGAUGUGUCCAUGUCGAGCGCUCCUGCACCGCAGGGAGACGCAGCCGUGAAGGAGAAGAAGGAGGAGGAGGAGGAAGAGGAGGAGGAGGAGGAGAGCGUUCCUGGGUCCACGCUGUUCAUUAAGAACCUGAACUUCAGCACCACUGAGGAGACGCUUCAAGAGACAUUCGCCAAAUGUGGCAAAGUGAGCUCCUGCACGGUGUCCAAGAAGAAGGACAAAACGGGCAAGAUGCUGUCCAUGGGCUACGGUUUUGUCCAGUACCAGAAGCCCGAGUCUGCCCAGAAGGCCAUGAGGCUGCUGCAGCACUGUUCUGUGGACGAUCAUCAGCUGGACAUCAAGAUCUCUGAGAGGGCCACAAGGGCUGAUCAGGUGACCCACAAGAAGAAGCAGGCGGACAAGAAGCAGACGGGAACCAAGAUCCUGGUCCGCAACGUCCCCUUCCAGGCCUCGGUCCGGGAGAUCAGGGAGCUGUUCAGUACGUUCGGUGAGCUCCAGACCGUCCGUCUCCCUAAGAAGUCGGCCGGUGACGGAUGCCACCGCGGCUUCGGCUUCAUCGACUUCCUGACCAAGCAGGACGCCAAGAAAGCGUUCACGGCGCUGUGCCACAGCACCCAUCUGUACGGCCGGCGGCUGGUGCUGGAGUGGGCGGACGGCGAGGACGCCGUGGAGACGCUGAGGAAGAAGACGGCGGAACACUUCCACGUUGUGGAUAAGAAACGUCGCCGGGCGGAGUUGAUGGAGGGGAUCAUUGAGUCGAUAGAGACCGGCGGAGCAGAAGACCAGAACGCGUAGCUUUGUUGUUGAUCAAAAUGCUUUACAAUACACAAUGGUUUGGUGAACCGCGUGAUUUCCUGUAGACGGGUGUUAAAAAACAAAGUGUAUGUUAAAGCUCUACCAACGUCCUUCACGAGAUUGCAAAUGUCCUGUUUGACAUGAUAUCAAGAGGCAUUACGACUAUUGUAGUAGGCCUAAUUUUAUGUAUAAAUAAAAUCUAAUGAUUUAUAAUUAC